AUACUGAAAAUUUAUAAGGAAAUCAACAGAAAACACGAAAAGGAAAUCGAGUCUGGAGUUCAAGAAGAGCAGCGUCAGCCUUUACCAACCAUAUACCCUAAACUCGUCGCUGGCUACCCAACUGUAGCGUGUCGGGCGAGUGUCACUAACCGACGAACGUACGUGACUCACGUGCAAGUUCUACCAGUUUCGUGUGCAUUAGUAAUCUAAUCAAGUCUGCUUGUUCGGCCACAGUGUGCUGUUAUCCCCGGCGCUGACGUGCGGAGACAGCUAAACUCACUGUGUGUUCGUAGCACUCACGAGCGCAGCAGCUAUAAAAGGUACAGGUCUACGCUCUCCACAACAGUCUUCAAUGAAAUGUCGUCUCCGACAGCGUAUUUACGAAGAAAGCUCAUAGCGUUACUGCUACUAGGCGUUUUAACGAUCGUCGCGUAUGCUGAACCCGAACCCGCUUUGGAUUGUGGCAAUGCGGAUUGUUCGGAAUCGGAUAUGCAUCCAGACUUCUUCAGCCAUACUUCACCGCAUAGUCGCAGCAACGAUCCCGAGGCUACAAGUGACUAUUGGUUACAGAAGGGCAAGGAUUUUGUACGCAAGCAAGCGUCGUUGCGUCUCAACAAGCGAGUGGCUAAGAAUGUGAUAUUAUUUUUGGGUGAUGGUAUGGGUUUGACCACCUUUACGGCAGCACGCGAUCUACUCGGCGGCACUCAAGCACAACUGGCAUUUGAGAAAUUCCCCUACACUGGUUUCUCGAUGACAUACUCGGUGAAUACAAUGGUACCCGAUUCGGCUUGCACAUCGACCGCUUAUCUGUGCGGUAUUAAAGCUAAUCACGGCACGAUCGGUGUUAAUGCUCAAAUAGAGCGUAGCGAUUGUGCUGGCAUGAAUGAUACAACGAAUCAUGUGCAUUCGAUAGCAAAAUGGGCUUUGGAUGCGGGCAAAUCCGCCGGUCUGGUGACUACAACGCGUGUCACACACGCCUCACCGGCCGGCGUGUAUGCGCAUGUCGCCGAUCGUGAAUGGGAAGACGAUGCAGCGUUGGCGGAGGAUUGUGGUGCAGACUCGGGUCUGCCGGAUAUUGCGCGACAGCUAAUACACGGUGAGGUUGGCAAGCAGCUGAAGGUCAUAUUAGGCGGUGGCAAGCGUGAAUUUAUAGAUAGUGAAUUUUAUAAGAAAGGGCGUCGUCAAGAUGGUCGCAACUUGAUUGAAGAGUACCUGCAACAGUCUUCGGCUAAUGCCUAUGUCGAGACACGUGAGGAGUUACAGAGUGUGGAUUUGAACUCUUAUGAUCGUUUGUUGGGCAUCUUUGGUAAAUCACAUUUGGAUUAUCACAUUGAUAGUGAGGAAACUCAACCGACCUUGAAGGAAAUGACUGUGCGCGCGAUCGAGAUGCUACAAAUGAACAAUAGUAAGGGUUACUUCCUAUUCGUUGAAGGCGGUCGCAUCGAUACGGCACAUCAUGAUAAUAUGGCCGAGUAUGCGCUAGACGAGACUGUUGAGUUUUCGAAAGCGAUACAAGCGGCACGUGACAUGACCUCAGAGGAGGAUACGCUAAUUGUUGUAACGGCAGACCACUCGCACUCCUUCACUAUUUCGGGCUAUCAGGAUCGUGAUCGUGAGUUAACCGAAAUUGCACCCGCUGAAGCUACCGACGAUCAAUCCUACCUAAUACUCAGCUAUGCAAAUGGUCCUGGAUUCGAAGACUAUUACAAUACCGAGAAAAAUAAGCGCCGCAAUCCAGAGAAAACACGCAAGAAGGUAAGCACUUUUCCCGCCACAGCGCCUUUGGACAGCGCCACACACGGAGGUGAAGAUGUUGCCGUUUUUGCCUCAGGUCCCUGGGCUCAUCUCUUCACAGGUGUUUACGAUCAAAAUACGAUACCUCACAUAAUGGCGUAUGCGUCGUGUGUAGGUGAGGGUUUGAAGGCGUGCUGAUAGUAACAAGAAAUAAGUGAAUAAAGUGAUUUCAAAUGGUUGUGAAAGAAAAACGAGAGAUUAAAUUUUAAGAAAAACCAAAGUAAAUAAAGAA